UGAAUUUCAUCAGCAUGAGAAAUGCGAUCUGUAUUUAAUGCAGAUUUGCCUCAAGAAUAAGAAAGAUAAAUUUAACGACGCACGAUUGCAAUGGCUACGAGUACGAUACAUUUGCACAGGAUGCCCGACCAUGAACGACGACGGGGAGACACCGCCGGCCAUCACGCCGCGCCAGCAGCAGUUUUGGAAUAAGAUCAACCUCCCAAACACGCACUUUAUUAACAAUUACGAUGUUCUUAUCGCCUGGGACGAAUUGAAGGCCCGAGACGCCGACCCUCCUAAACCAGGCGUGGAGGGGAUCUCCAUUGAGGAAGCGACGCGCCUCGCGCACGACACCGACUUCCAUGAUGGAAUACCGAAUUCAGUUUACACCAUCUUCGGCAACCAGGAGACAACGCCAGACGUGAUGCAGCAGCGGUUCAUAUGAUAGUGGGCAAUUUCUACAUCAAGAACUACUCGCCUUGUUUGUGUUCUUUCCCUUUGUUUGUAGUGGUGCAUGACCACCAGCAGUAGCUCCAGCAAGAGCAACAGAGACAAUAGCAGAGAAAAAGAUGUAGCCUCUUUCUAUUAACCAUGACAAAUUCAUUGCAUUUGUCUUUGUCACGAUUAGCAGGCACCCUAAGUGAUCCACUUUUUGCUGCAUGAUAUGCGAAGGAGUUGUGGGAAAGGGAUUAUAAUUAUUUGUCCACUGCCAUAGACCAACUUUGUAGACCAGGACCACGACGGAAUUGUCACCCAAGAGGAAUUCCGUGCCAAAUUCGGGCCUGUAUGAGGGUGCGCAAGAACUCCCCCUCCCUCCGAUUUGAAGGGCAUGAGCAGCAACGCAAGCAACGCCACGCAUUUGUACUCUCCAUAUUGCACCACUACAUCGGCAUGACGCAACAUUUACAGGUUUGUUUCGUGUUCUUCUAAAGGUUCUUGGCACUGUGCAGUAAACAGAUUGUUUUGAAGGCGAAUAGCGGGAUUGUUGUUCAUGUUCUGCUUAUACAUCAAACGAGGGGCGGGAGAUUGCGCACUCUCAUACUUUAUCAAAUGGAAAAAUGUCUGGGUCUGGAAGAAUGCGCGACUUGUCAUGCAGCUUUUCCAUGACCCAUGAGGUCUGGAAUGCAGGGCCUAGCAUGACAGAUUCUGUGCGAUCUUUCUCAUGCCUAUCCUGCAUGAGAAACUGCCUCCCGACUUGGUCAAAACUGGACGACUUUUGGCAAUCAUGCAACACAGAUUUUUGCAUGCUUCAGAUCUAGCAUGACAAGUUGCAUUCUUCCAGACCCAGACAUUUUUACAUUCGAUAUACUUGAGCAUCGGCAACACCGACGACAACUUUCCGGCGUUCGUGUAUGGGGGUGUCAGGAUCGAAAUCGACAAAGUCGAAAAGUUUGUGAUGCAUAAGAUGCUAGACACUGCAGGCCUGUAUUGGGGAGCAGGCAAAUGAGACCGAUUGCAAGCCUGAUUAGGCUUAUGCAACGUGGUGCCAGAGUAGCACGACAGUAGCAGUCUUCUUUGCCCAAACAGCAUGACAGACUGGAUUUGGGUGCUCCCGCAAUUUGUUAUGCGCCACUUGGAAACUGAGGCCCCACCUGGCAUCGAUUUUAUGCAUCACAAAUUUUUCGAUUUUGUCAAUUUCGAUUCUGGCACUUCCAUAUCGUGGAGCCUCCGCCCGUAUGCAUUGCAAAUAUCAUUAUAUCUUCUUCGUACUACCAGUACUACAGACCGCAUUCGCAUAUAGUUUUUUUUUUGGCAGCGCGACGAGAUAGCCUUUCAGUUUCAGUUUCUUCAGGAGCCUUUUUCAUGCCGAUUCCGGUAGAAGCGUACGACUGAAAGCGGGUUACAGAAGCAGAUCGGUCCAUCGGUCAUGCAAGUAUGCACGAAAUGAAAUUUCUAGUACGAGUAGGAUAUUGCUUUUGCGCGGGAUAACCCGACAAAGGUUUCGACUUCUGGCAGGACACCGUGCGUGCUGGCUACGCCGAAACAGAUACGCCGCACAACCCGAACCUUUUGCAAGAGGGUGCCCUAGGUGUCAGCCCUCUCGGUAAGGAUUAUGCAAUGAAAGGGUAGUACCAAUGUACCGCGCAUGUACGAAGACAUGUAUGACAACUUCUUCCAACAACCUAGCGUCGCUACUUAGCUUCGUACUAGCAGCAAAUUGAAUUGGUGACGCACGAGUGGAAUUUGUAUGUGCAUGGUACAUGAUGAUUUUCUUCUGAUAUUGAUCCGCAGGGCGUAGGGGUGGUUAGCUGGGAGGAGCUGCCGAAAGAUCCUGACGGAUCGGUCAGACUCGACGACGUGACAAUAUGGCACUUAUUUCAAGCGUUACACUCUCAAUUGUUACAUGAGUUGUGAUGCAACGCGAGCAUCUUCAUGGUUCGCAUCUACACGAGCAAGCGGCUUCGCAUGGCAAGUUCUGAACAAGAACUCGCUAAAUAAAGAUACCAUAGAGAAUCGUCCGUCUCCGUGCCAAACCUGUAAUCCAAGGAAGAUGCGCAAGGGUCGCGUUUUCUAUUCAUCUUGCAUCACAGAUUUAUGCAACAGUUGUUGAGAGUGUAACGUUUGACAACCCCAUAAGCAAGCGAGGCAGGUGGACGCGGUGGACCGGGUAUCUUCGGCGUUGCGGGGGAAGGCCAUGCCGGGGACGAGCGGUUCAAACUGGUGGACGGAGAUCAUGGGUAUGAUCUUGUUCCUGUGCAAAAGCAUAUCAAUCGCUCCGGUACAACUUCAUAGAUUGCAGCCUUUGCAUGGCAGGUCUGCGCGUGCGCCUGUGCCUGACAUGAAUCUGCAUGACAAGUUCAGCUUUUCGUUUUGCAUAAAUAAAGUUUGCCGCGACAUUGCAUAAUGAAGGUUGCCACUACUGGCACUGCGAUGCGGAAGAUAUUAGUUUUGCAAUGCAUAUUGGCGACGGCAAAAUCACCAAGGAGGAGUACGAGCGGUACUUCGGCCAAAACGGGAUGGAUCGCAACGUAUCCACUGCAAAUAUGUCUUGGUGAUGUCGAUGAUGGCAUGACUUGUAUUUGUAAUGCGGAACGCGCGCCGUACUUCUGUACUUUGUGCAAUUGCAUGCUGCCAAAGAGCACUGGCACUGCUUCUCUGUCAUGUAAAGGCACGGCUUCUCCUGGAUGCGUAUGCGCAUAGUGGCCAGCUCGUCCCGCUCGGCGUCAUUCGUACACGUACUCAUCUUUUCCUUUUGGCGUAGCGAUGAUAAUAUCAAGGACCCAGACACGCUUGCAAUGCAUACAACGACGAACACUACGACGACAUCGUGAACGCGAAGGACGUACGUAUUGUACAUCUGUUUCUUGGGUCUGGAACGUUGGAACUUGAAUUUGUCAUGUUUGUCUGGUACUCGAUCUGGAAAAUUUGCAUUGCAUGAACGGCAAAAGCGCGUUCUCUUUUGUCAGGGAAAUACAAAUAUAGAUGGACUUUGUCACGCGCAUAAGGGAGGGCUCUCCAAUUGUCGUGCUUGGCUGCGCUCGCAAGUCGUGUUUCAGUCGUUUAUAUUUCCGUAUCACAAGUUUCCAGACCCAGACUUAUUUGCGAUGGAUAGGUUGUCGCCACGACAGACGCUCCAGCAGUUGUAGAACCUUCACGCACCAACCCACCACCAGCAGAUGAA